UAGUAAGUUAAAAAAUAAAAUAAAAAAAUCAACGAUUGUUCUUUUACUUUACUUACUGGGGCUGAAACAGAGGUCCUUCAAUGGCGGACUCGGUGACAGCUCCAGCGAGUUUCUGUACUCAAGCCGAUGCUUUGCUUAGGAAAAAUUUAACAUUUCAGAAACGAAAUGUCAAGACAAAUUGUCGCCUCAUCUCGGUCCCUAUUGUACUCAUUAUUAUGCUACAUUUCCUUGGUAUUCUUAUGGGUAUAACGAUGGAUACACCAAAAUUGAAAUGUGGCUGCAAAUCAGAUGUAUGUGGUCUGGAAUACUCAGAUCAGAUACAAGCAAGCAGUUGUGAAGUUUCUAAGCCAAUUGAAUGGCCACCCACUUUACAGAUACCGGGACAAGAAUAUACUGCUGUACAAACUGAUUUUAUUACAUAUCCAGACUUGCCCAAAGAUUCAUGCAGAAAGUCUCGUUCUUGUCCAGCUAUCAUACUUGUGACUGGAACUAAUCAGACUUUUGGAGAAAGUAUCAGUGAGCACCUGCUCGGUGAUGAAUCAGCUAUAGAUUCUGAUACCCAUCCAUCCACCUUAAUCCUGGGUUCGACGUCUGAACCCCAGAGCACGAAUUUUAUUGACCCUGCUUAUACGCCAGAUGCUUCACUCUAUAGUAUUCAAUCUCAGUGUUCUCCGAACUCCACGUUUCAUGGCAGCAUAGAAGGUUACCACGACGUUGAGGCGAAAUGUCUUGAAGGUUUGCCCUUGUGGCGUAAUAAUUCCACUGAGAUCAAUCAAGAGCUGUAUAAAGGUUACAAGAAGGGGAAUCAAGCGAGAACAACAAACGAGAUAGUAGCAGCAUAUGAUUUCUUAAACACAGAUAGAAGUAGGCUCAAUGUGAGUAUUUGGUAUAAUGCUACCUAUAAGGAAGAAGGAAGUGGAAAAGGUACAAAAAUGACACGAGUGCCUGCUUCGGUGAACUUGGUAUCAAAUGCCUUCCUUCAGUAUUUGCUUGGAGGUUCUACCAAUAUGAUAUUUGCUUUUGUCAAAGAAAUGCCAAAGCGAGGAUCUAGGAAUGUUCUGGAUAUUAUUUCUGUACUUGGACCAGUAUUCUUUUCAUGGGUGGUUUUACAGCUUUUUCCUGUUGCUUUUGUAUCUCUGGUUUAUGAAAAGCAACAGAAACUAAGAAUCAUGAUGAAAAUGCAUGGACUUAAGGACAUCCCCUAUUGGACGAUUACUUAUGCUUAUUUUCUUGUUGUAUCGUCUCUCUACAUGUUAUGCUUUGUGGGGUUUGGCUCGCUUUUCGCGAUAAAGACCUUUCGUUAUAAUGCUUACAGCAUCCAGUUCGCGUUCUACUUCAUCUACAUAAACUUGCAAAUCUCAUUUGCUUUUUUUCUGGCCACAUUUUUCUCAAAUGUUAAGACAGCCACAGUCAUGGGCUACAUGGUGGUGUUUGCAAGCGGUCUCUUAGGAGGAUUCUUUUUCGAUCACUUUCUUGAAGAUACAUCACUGUCAAGAGGGUGGAUUGUACUUUUGGAGGUAUACCCUGUAUUUUCUCUUUAUCGUGGAUUAUUUGAGUUAUCCGAAUAUAGUGGCUCUAGUGUUUAUACGGGCCAACGAGAUGGUAUGACAUGGAAAGAUUUGAAUGAUCCCAGCAAUGGGAUGAAAGAAGUUUUGAUUAUUAUGUUCAUAGAGUGGAUAGUGGUUCUCUUUCUUGCUUAUUACAUAGACCAGAUCACAUCAUCAGGGCAAAGUCCCCUAUUUUUCUUGGGUAACUCCCGCAAGAAGCAGUCACAAUCCACUAUGAACCUAUUAGAAAAGGACUCUGGAGUUUGUCUUGAAAUGGAGAAAGAAGAUGUUGCCCAAGAGAGAGAAAGGGUUGAACAGAUGGUACUUGCGUCGACAACAGGUCAUCCCAUCGUCGUUGACAACCUGAAAAAGGUUUAUCCGGGGAGAGAUGGAAAUCCAGAUAAAUAUGCAGUGAGAGGACUGUCGCUUGCUGUGCCCGAAGGGGAAUGCUUUGGUAUGCUUGGCCCGAACGGUGCUGGAAAAACUUCUUUUAUUAGUAUGAUGAUUGGGCUCAUAAAGCCAAGCUCUGGUGCUGCAUAUGUUGACGGUCUGGAUAUAAGUAAAGAGAUGGAUAAGAUAUACACCGUCAUGGGUGUAUGUCCUCAGCGUAACUUACUUUGGGAUACAUUAACUGGAAGGGAACACCUGCUUUUCUACGGAAGGCUUAAAAAUCUUAAAGGAGCGACUUUACAUCGAGCAGUUGAAGACUCUCUUAAAAGUCUCAACUUGUUUAACGGAGGCGUUGCUGACAAGCAAGCUGGGAGAUACAGUGGUGGAAUGAAGAGAAGGUUAAGUGUUGCUAUUUCACUGAUAGGAAAUCCCAAGGUUGUCUACCUAGAUGAGCCCAGUACUGCUGGACUCGAUCCAGCUUCAAGAAAUACCUUGUGGACCGUUGUCAAGAAUGCACGGAAAGGCAGAGCGAUAAUUCUCACUACCCAUUCAAUGGAAGAAGCAGAUUAUUUAUGUGAUCGAUUAGGAAUAUUCGUUGAUGGAAGCUUGCAAUGCGUGGGAAACUCUACAGAGUUGAAGGCAAGAUAUGGAGGCUCUUAUGUGUUUUCUAUCACUACAUCAUCUGAUAAUGAGGUGGAAGUUGAGAACAUGGUGCGAUGCCUAUGCCCAAAUGCCAAUAGGGUAUACCAUUUAUCAGGGACACAGAAGUUCGAGUUGCCAAAGCAUGAAGUUAAAAUUGCAGAUGUAUUUCAACUAGUUGAGAAUGCAAAGAGUAGAUUUACAGUUUAUGCUUGGGGUAUGGCUGAUACAACUUUAGAGGAUGUUUUUAUCAAGGUUGCUAGUACUGCUCAGGCCUUCAAUGAAUGAUAUGUCAGCUAGCAUCAAACACAUAUUAGAUCAUGUUUUUGCCUUUGUAAAUUAGGUUCAUGUAGAUGCAUCAAGUACAGCGCAUAUGUGGCUUUAUUUGUCAUGUAUAUUUGUACAAGGAUGCCAACAUUGGAAUAGAAAGAAGUUGUAUCAACAAAGAAUUAGUCAGACAUUUUUUAUUAUAUUUUAAGCUCACCUAUAUAUAUGUGUACUCCGAGCUACUUAUGAAGAUGAAUGAUAUGAAGGUGGCAGUUGUGCAAA